GAAAACAACCAGAUCGAACAAGAAGGGCUCGCUCAUCUCCUAUUUGAUUGGUAGUUCCAGAUUUCCUGAGCAUCGUAUCCCGCCCCUCAGGACCUACACCGGUUGUAGAUGCCCACAAAAUAACCCAACAUAACGUUUUUAGCUAGAUCAUAAAAGCGUCAGCACAAGGUGCGUCUCUGGCGAAGGAAUGGCUGUAACGACAGAUCAUAUUCGUGACAAACUUAUCAAGGAGAUUGGAGCGGUGCACGUGGAGGUUGAAGACACAUCCCCUAACAGAUGUGCUGCCAGCUUCAAAGUUCUGAUCGUGUCGCCUCAGUUUGAGGGGAAACCACUAUUGGCGAGACAUAGGCUGGUGAACACCUGUUUGGCUGAAGAGCUGAAAGAGAUCCACGCUUUUGAACAGAAGACGCUGACACCAGAACAGUGGGAGAAACAGAAAGCUCAGUGACGAAGACACACACACACACACACACACACUGUACACCCUGUAAUUUGUAAAUAAAAAAUAUAACCCCAAUUCUGGCCUCCAAACCUGAAAUGUACCUUGUUCAGUUAUGCGGGGUGGAAUGAAACGUUAAGCUUGAUUAAAACGAAACAAUCCUGGUCAGACCUCCUUCAAAGUUCAACGCACACACUGACAUAUGCUGCUAACGUUCUGGUUGUCGUGGUGGCAGGAUGGGCCUGACUUUUGCUAUGACCUAAUUGUCGUCAAUGACGUGACAACGCAGAAGAGACCGACGAAACCGUAGCAUGAAAUGUCAAAGGUUGCAAUCGGAGUAGGUGGCAGAGAAGGGUUAGCUAGCAAUGCAGUUGACUACCUUGAAUACCAGGGUAGAACAUAUUCACUACAUCCUGGCAUCACCCCGGUCUUCCAUUGCCUCCCGGUCUCCUAACACAUUGCCUAAAUGUCCUGAUUUUAAAGCCCUCCACUACUUGGCCCCACCCUACCUUCCUCAUCUCUACCAAGCCACACUGACUACAUGCGGACUGCAGCAGGUCACCUUACCAUCUCGGCUCCGGCUCUUUCUCCAGGGUUGCACCUGGGAUCUGGAACUCCGGAUCUCCAGCCAUCCAUGACUCUGAGUCAGUCAGCAUCUUUCAGGGUGGCUUUGAAGUCCAUCUCUUCCAAAAGGCCAACACUUAGCCCCGCUCUUUGCCUUUUUCUGUUUAAUGUUUCCUCAUCUUGUGCUGCUGUGCUAAGUUAGUUUUUUGACUCCUGUUUUUCGUAUCAUUGCUCUAUUGGAAGGUGACUGGGUUCUUGAGAAGCACUGUAAGUCCUGUGUACUGUAUUGUUAUAUUGUCAAGAUUUCUGAAAAUUGCCAAAAAUGUAACUGUACUUUAAUGAAUUGUAACUAACAUUGGAGGCUGUUCAGUUUGGAAAGGAUAAUAAAAAAUUAUUUAGAGGUGAGAUUAACAUGCGUGGGCACCUAGUAAUGUGGAUGGGCACAUUUUCAACAUUGAUCAAUAUGACUUAUCUGUUGAACGAAGCACUCUGGACUUGGAGAUAGAUAGUGUUGAUGUGCACUAUUGUGUACUGAAGAUGAACAUGAAGGUAGGCAUCUUUCUCCCUAAACCACCCAAACUGGAUAUUUUACAGAAAGGUGGAAAAUUAUGAAGAUCUUACAGCUGUGGUUGGUUAUACAUUUGUCUUAAUAUUAAAGCGUCUUUAAUACCUUA